CAUUGUUCUUCCUCUUGAGACGGGGAGACGGGGGGAAGCGUUCGCUCGCUGACCGCCCCUCGAUGCCAUGUCUAAAUUCUGAGUCAGUCCAGCCGACGUCCUGCGAGCCAUGCUGUUCCACUUCAGUUUCCGGGCCGUUCCUUUGCUCGCCGCUCUGUUUGUCCGUUUCGUGUGCAGCUCUGGCCAGAGCUGUGCGGACGCACCCGUGUUCACGCCGUCCUCGCUGGUGGUGCAGUACGGGGCUAACGCCUCGGCAGCAUGCGCCGUGUGCAGGACGGAAUGCAACGGCACUCUCUUUGGGUUGGAAAUCCCUCUGGGAGUGAAAAAAGUAUACGGAACCACGCUGCAGUGGGAGGUGGACAAUAUGACUGAGUGGGAAACGUCGGCCAUGUGCUACUAUAACCAUCGCAGUGAUGGGCAGUGUGUCACCGUCCUGCCUGUGACCGUCUACCAGCCUCCAGAAGACGUGUCCCUCGUUCUGGUAGAGGACGCCGAUCCGGCGGCGGCGUGCGGCCAGUACACUCUGCAUUGCGUCACACACAACGUCGCUCCCAUCGGCAGGCUCGUCGUGACCUUCUACAGAGGUCAGACGGUUCUGGGCCGGCUCACGUCCAACAGCACAGAGAAGAAACCGGUCACUGAGACCUUCUCUCUGAAAGUGAACCACAGCAGGGACGACUCCGGAGCCCUGAUCCGGUGUGAGGCUGAGCUCCAGCUGGGCCCCGAGGGCCCGCGGCCCCCUCCAGUGGUCACAUCUUACAGCAUCGCUGCUCCAACCAACUGUUUGGAGUCGAUUUCAACUCAACAGCCGCCAAAAGAAACGACUGCAGGCAAGGCCUCUACCACAAAGCCUGAGCCGAACAGCGGCGCCUCGUAUGCAUUAAUUCACUGGUGUGUUCUGUGUUUUUUGCCUUUUCUGUCUGUUUUGAACUGAGCUCAGAAGCAAUGAUCCAAGCUGUUUGCUUUCAGAACUUUAAGUUUUAUCCAUUUCCUGCUCCAUUUCCUGCUCAGUAAAUGGAUAAUAUACAUAUAUAUAUAUAUAUAUAUAUAUAUAUAUAUAUAUAUAUAUAUAUAUAUAUAUAUAUAUAUAUAUAUAUAUAUAUAUAUAUAUACACACACAUAUGUGAAAUGUUUUAUAAAUGCUUGAUUCCAUGUUUCAGUUUCUGCAAACCUCCAUUUAUUGAUUUCAUAAUCUUAUUUCUCUGUCUUUAACAAUAAGAACCCUGACAGACAAACACCGACUCUGUCACUGUGUUUUUUAAUUAAGCUUUGUAAUACUAAGUCAUAACUCUUUCCUAAUUGAAUAUCGCCAUGUUCAUACUGUAAAAAUAUACAAAGUAUGUGAUUAAACCACAAAAUGAUCUAUUUAAAGAAACCCAUCUUCUGCUGUUGUCUGUAUUAUUGCAAAUAUUAACCAACAUAUAAAAUCCUAAUUCUCUAAAUAGUCACUUCAUUCAGCUACAAUGUUAUUUUCAUUUUUUUUUUUUUUUACUUAAAAAUGAGAAAUCUGUUGUAUGAGAAUCAGUAAAUUUGUAGCUUUUACUGAUUAAACGUGUUUUAAUGACA